AUGGGGACGCGCAAGAGGGGGGCUUUUGAUCUCAAGAAGGCUGGCACUCUCGCCAAGAGCCCCCGACGGCCCCGCCUGGCUCAGGCCCAAGCCAGCCUCUCGGAGGGCGGUCCCUUCCAGAGACAUUUGGGAAACACCUUUGACAAAUGGCUUCAUGCAGGGGCCGGGAGGGCCGACCCCGCCCCAGGCCCCCUCCUUGGCUCCCCGCCUCAGGUCCCAGGACACAGGACCAGCUGGCGGGUUCGGAUGUGCGCCAGGCCCCACAUUCCUGCGUGGCGACCCCGAGACCCCCCACCUGCAGCCCCUGCCCAGCUCUGCCAGCCGGAGCCCUGCGGGGCUUCAGGGCCCUUGGGAUGGGAGGGGCUGGGCUUCCCCGGGGUGGCCAUUUGGAAGCAUGCUCGAGUAGAAAGAAAGGCCCCGCCACCUGCUCUGGGGGCCGCGAGGCUCCACCCAGUGACUUGUGGGCUCUGGGCGUCCGAGCUGCGGACUGGACCUUAA